ACGCAGUUAUUGUAGAUCUAUUAGAUACUCCAUGCUUCCCCCCCACCCCCUUCUCUCCAUAUGACCUGAAAUAACAUUUUGUUCUCUCCCCCUCGCGAGCUGUGGGACGUUGACUUCCUCACGAACUCAGGAAGAAAAGAAAAAAAAAAAGCACACGCGAAGGAUUUCCCCCCCGCAAGUCGUCUGGAGGCUGGUACAUGUCGAGUCUGUGCGCCUCCUGAAAAUUGUUGGAUGCCAUUCCGGUUGGAGGCUGCGCUGCACCCCGAGGACUAGAUGCGAUAAAACACCAGGACCAGGAGACAUGCCGCAGCCGAAAUCACGAAAGAUCGCCAUCCUCGGCUACAGAUCCGUGGGAAAGUCCUCUUUGACGAUUCAGUUUGUGGAGGGACAGUUUGUCGACUCCUAUGACCCGACAAUAGAAAACACAUUUACUAAAAUGAUCACGAUAAAUGGACAAGAGUACCACCUUCAGCUGGUGGACACAGCAGGACAGGACGAGUACUCCAUCUUCCCGCAGACUUACUCCAUAGAUAUCAACGGUUACAUUCUGGUCUAUUCAGUUACAUCUAAUAAAAGCUUUGAAGUUGUACAAGUUAUCCACGAAAAACUGUUGGACAUGGUGGGAAAAGUUCAAGUACCAAUUAUGCUCGUUGGAAACAAGAACGACCUACAUAUGGAGCGAGUAAUCAGUUGUGAAGAGGGAAAAGCAUUAGCCGAAUCCUGGAACGCUGCCUUCAUGGAGUCCUCCGCUAAAGAGAACCAGACGGCUGUGGAAGUUUUCCGGAGGAUGAUCCUGGAGGCAGAGAAGAUGGACGGCGGCGUGCAGCCAGGAAAAACAUCCUGCUCCAUGAUGUAAAGCCGCCCAAUCGACACACAGGACACUGCACUGGGAUAUCCCGUUACUUGAAGGCUAGCUGCCCGUUCUCCUCCACCUCAGAUGACAUCGCCCCCCUCCCCACCCCCCACAGAGUCCUAAAUAUCCAAUACUGUCUGUUUAUGGCUCUGAAUCCCCUGUUAUUUAUCAGUAUUUCCUAUGCCCCUUUUGUCAUCCUUGUUUUUCUUCACGUGUUUGAUAAAAGAGUGGUGGCCCCCUUUUGUCUCUACAUUUCCCCACGAUCCACCCCUCCUCCAUCUCUGUGUAGAGCGCUGGUGUAAAACACCGAUUAUCGUUUGGGCGCACCAGUGCUGAGUAACGGCGAGGACAGCAAGUGAGGUCGGAGACGGUAUUGGCUCGAUAUGUCUUAGCUUCUCAUUACGCGGCGCCCAAAACCGGCCGCGAGCGCUCACCGCUUCAAACGACACAAAGGUGGCAGAAGGAAGAGGAGGAAAAUGUCACGUCUGCCAUGCAAAUGCUCUGAAAAUGGCAAAGUAAACACGGACGUUUCUCCUCAUACGCCACCAGCUGUUUGGUCCCUCCAGGAAACAGCUCUUUUUUACUACUACUACAUCCCCACGCAGUCUCCACCUCUCUGUCCCUCAGUUUGUUUUCUUAGCAGUUACUGUCAGCCCAAAAGGAAAAUAAAUAAUAAAAAAAAAAAUCCGCAUCCAUUUUCUAAUGUUGAAAAUGUUGUACAAAUGUUUUUGAUUGUAAUCAUUAAAGCAAAAAGUGGUUAUGUACAA